AUGAAUUGCGUUGCAAUAUCGCCACCGGAAGACAAACACCAACCAACAAUGCAAAUUUUGCACAACGAACUGGUGUUGCCACCGCCGCCGCCACCGUUGCUGCACGCUACACCGGAUGUCGCCGGUGGCAGCGGUAGCGGCAGCCAAGGCAACAAUAGCGGCAGCACUUCGAAAACGCAAUCACUGCAGCGCACCACACACCUGUAUUGUCGUUCGUUGGAGAAGGAGCGCGGCGAUCGGCGCACCUCGUCGCGCGGUUUGGCUUCGUGUUUGCGCGGCGAACGCGAUGAAUUGGUCAGCGACUAUCGUGAUAUGCGUACGCCGCGUGCGCAACAAAUCGAUUUACUGCCAAGCGUAGUGCUGGGACAGGGCGGAAGUGGAGCUGGUGGCGCUGCAGGUGGGGGUAGUGGUGGCAACAAUGGUGCUGUGGAGAUGGGCAAUGCAACCGAUGCGAGUGGCAGGACCUCAUUGGAAAGUGGCAAGUAUUUACAAGCGUUUUUUGCUAAUGUGCAUUUGUCAUGA